ACCAGUGCGGGCCGCCAGACUCGGGCAACCCGGCAGCACUGGAGUCCAGCCUGCCCUGCCCUGCCCUGCCCUGCUCGCCCAGCGCGGCGCCGCGAUGUGAGACUCCCCCUGCCGAAGCGUCUGCGGGGCACGCCAGCUCCGCGAGCGCAGCACCCGGCGCACUUAGGAACACUGAGGACUGCCCACGGGAGAGAGGGCUUGUCUCAGACUGUGGCGCCCAUCUCAACACCUGGCUCGCGGCCCGUCUCACAGGACCAGGCUGGCAGCGUCCUCCUCAACCCAUUUUACAGGAGAGGAAACUGAGGCAGCCGCAGCUUCAUCUUCUCUCAGGCCCUGGGUAGCGCCUGACCACACCCUUCUCGCCCUACCUUGGGACCUGGGGUCUGGAAGUCCAGCAGGAACGAUGGCUGAGGCCAGUGUCUCCCCAUGUCCCUCAGCAGAGGACAAAAUGGCAGCCAAGCAGCCUCCUCCACUCAUGAAGAAGCACAGCCAGACGGACCUUGUGAGCCGCCUGAAGACCAGGAAGAUCCUGGGCGUGGGCGGGGAGGAUGAUGAUGGCGAAGUGCACCGGUCAAAGAUCAGCCAGGUCUUGGGCAAUGAGAUCAAGUUUGCUGUGCGGGAGCCUCUGGGGCUCAGGGUCUGGCAGUUUCUUUCUGCUAUGCUGUUCUCCAGUGUGGCCAUCAUGGCCCUCGCCCUCCCUGACCAGCUCUACGAUGCAGUUUUUGAUGGGGCUGAGGUCACCAGCAAGACCCCCAUCCGCCUCUACGGUGGUGCCCUCCUUAGCAUCUCCCUGAUCAUGUGGAACGCACUCUACACGGCCGAGAAGGUCAUCAUCCGCUGGACUCUGCUCACCGAGGCCUGCUACUUUGGGGUGCAGUCCUUGGUGGUCACCGCCACACUCGCUGAGACUGGCCUCAUGUCCCUGGGGACCCUGCUGCUCCUGGCCAGCCGACUCCUCUUUGUCAUUGUCAGCAUCUACUACUAUUACCAAGUCGGUCGGAAACCCAAGAAAGUGUAGCUGGCUGGGACCUGCCUGGGCCUGGACCUGGGCCAGAGCGGCUGGGGACCUCACGGUCUGUGGGCCCCGGGCAGGCCUGCAAGCAGGCAGGGUGCGCGCACCUUCCUUCCCUCCCAGGCACUCCCUGGAGUCAGUUUGGACCUCCUGGGCAGUGACAGCAGGCUGGGGCCUCUGCACCCCACUCCUCACCCCGUACAGGGACAACCCCUUGCCCUAGCUUUCUUGAUCUCUAGACUCUAAUAGGCACACAGUCUAGAGUGGAUUGCUGGGGUCUCUGGGCUGAGUCAAGGUUAGUUCCUCUGCCAGGAGGCCCUUUUCUCUCCAGGAGAUUGUAUCAGCUCCAGCAGCAGGUCUCAGCUUCUCUCCAUCCAGAAACCCGAAAACUGGGUCUCCUCGUGUGAGUCCCUCACAUGCCAAACACACCCACACCCACACACACUCACACACACACACACACACACUCACACACACACACACACACACACACACACAGCCCCUACUGUGGUCAGCUAGCAAGGGGAAUGACUGCCUCCCUUGGGCCCAGGUCCCCAUCCUUGGCCUGCACACCUGUCCCUCUCUUUGGCCCGACAUUCUCUUUGGUAGAAUGUUCUGAUGCUCUGGCUGUCUGCACCCAGAGCCCCAGAGGCCCUCCCCGACAGGCCAGGGUUAUACAAUAUACCACAGGCCCUGACAGGCCCUGUCACCUCAGCGGGCCAUAGGCUCCUAGUGCGUGAGGAAUUCUGAAGAGAAGCAGGGACAUUUCCUUGCCAUGGCCUAACAGGCCUGCAUGGUUACAGGUGGCUCAGUGCCUCCUCAGGAUCCCUCCCCACCAGGCUGUCCCAAGGCCUACAGCCCCUCAAACUGUAGACGUAAGGAAACAGAAGUGGUCUGCCCUUCCUCGGCGCCCUCACAGUGGGCCUCUAGACCUGAAGACACACCCCUGGUGCCACCUCCCCGUGCGGCCCUGCCCCUUGGUCCUAGCUCCCCGCACUUUUCUUCCCUGCAGCAGCAAGCACACCGAGGAAGAGAGGUUCCCAGAGGCCUAUCUCGUUCCCUUCUGCCAGGGGUCAGAGUCAUGCCCCCCACCCCAGCUGGGGAAACUUUCCCCUGAGUGCCUACGCCCAGCAGGGGGCACUCCAGGGAAGUCUCAGUGGAAAACAUGCCCGGUGGGCCAGGCUCCUGGUCUGACAGAGCGGUGAGAAUCUGUGUUUUCAAGAAGGGACCAUUGAGGCAGGUGGAUCUCUGUGAGUUCGAGACCAGCCUGGUCUACAGAGCGAGUGCCAGGAUGGGCUCCAAAGCCACAGAGAAGCCCUGUCUCGAAGCCCCCCAUAAGAAGAAGGGACUGCUGGCUCUGUGCCAGUCCCUCAGAGCACAGGCCCAGCACCGCCACCCCUCAGUACAGUCCCAGCUGCUGCAGAUUGUUGACUGUUUUCAGCGGCGAUGGGGGUUUAUCCUUUUGGGUCCUCUGCGAAUGCAGACAGGGUCCCAAGGGAGGCAGUCAGAGAAGUGGAAAAUGCCAGUCACGCUCAGCCCUUUGUGGACAUCUGCCAGUCUGUCCCUCAGUGACAGGAGAUGGCAGGUCCUGCCCUGGGGUUGGGAUGGGGUGGCCAGGUCAUCCUGGUGUGAUAUCUUCACAGGGGGUGGGGUAGGGUCAGGGACAGGCCAGGGCUGGCAGUACAGACACACCUGUGGCCUCCAGGAGAAACUAAGCCUGGAAGGAGGCGGUGAUAGAGAUAGGAACUCCACCCUGAAUCCAAGCUUGGGGAGCCCUGGCUGCCCCCAGCUCCUCUUGUCAUGCUUCUGCCUCAGUCCCCAAGACCGCCUCUGUCAUGGUCACUAUUUAUUCCUCAGCCCUUCUUUUUGUAAGAAAUAGUCACAAAAACCAGUGCAAAACGA